AUGCAACAACAUCCACGUCUUCAACGUUCGGUGUUUGACCCCCGCUAUAUCGGGGCAAUGAUUCUAGUUACGAUCCACGGAGUCUCUUCCGACGCCCCCGUCUGUGAGGGCGACCCGGGGCAGUGCGAAAGUGGCAUUUUGGCACCGUGUGGUCUCUACUUGGCCCCGUCAACGAAGAAUCCGGAAACUCUUACACUCCAUUCGGGUGUAGACCGCGACGCACACGAGCUUGUGGGUGAGCCAGACAUUGCUCUCCCCUUUUUCGAUCCCAAUAAGAACGAAUGGAGCGCAUGGCACGAUAUGGUAUGGAAUAUAGACGUGCUAGAUGGCCUUAUUCUAGAGAACUCUUUUCUUUCGGAGCUGCUACUACCCGGAGUAGGAACUUUACCAGCCUGCUCGGUCUUUCAGGGGGAAAACGUUCGACUGAAAAGAAAUCACGUUAUAGACAGUUUAGAUGUGCAUCGAGCGAAGGAUGCGACAGCCGGCUCGUUCUCGUAUCACCAUGGCGUGACGUACGAGACUGUACGGUCCAUGGCGGCAGGAGAGGAGCUUUUCUUAGACUGCUUAGGUCCACCUCCGCCCUUCCGAAGAGACAAAGAAAAAGACGAGGACGAUGGUAACGGUGACCUUGACAAUGAUGUUUACGAGGAUGAAAAUGGCGGCGGUGAAGACGAUGAAAUCCGGUCACUUGAAUGGCUGCAAGAAAACGGCGUAUGCGUCGACAACAUCUGGAUUGGUCCUUCAACCAAACUGGGAAUCGGCAAUGGCGCCUUCACCAAGCGAGCAGUAGCGAAAGGGACUGUGAUCGCUCCUUCGCCUGUGCUUCACUUGGACCGUUCCCAACUGCAAAUUGUCGAACAGCGUUUUCGGGAGGACCCUUUUCCUCCAUUUUUUCGAGAACAUGGUGUUGAAUAUUCAGAUUACGUUGUUGGUCAACAAUUGGCAUUGAACUAUUGCUAUGGUCAUCCUGAUUCCAAUGUUUUGUUGCUACCUUUAGCGCCCGGGAUCAACUUCAUCAACCACGAUGCCAUAAGUCCCAAUGCAUUCGUUCGGUGGUCAACUUCAUUGACGGAACCAUCUGACUGGCUAGAGGAGACCGCGCACCAGCUGUUCGCAGAGUCUGUCGACGGGACACUGCUUAUCGAAUUUGUAGCAUUGCGCGAAAUUGCGGCUGGGGAAGAGAUAUUUAUUGACUAUGGGGAAACAUGGAGCACAGCCUGGAAUAGCCAUGUAAAGGAAUGGACAUUCGAUGGUGCGAGCUACAUAUCGGCUGCUAAGUUUGAAGAUCUGUACGGAAACGAUGCUAUUCGCACGCAUAUGGAACAAAGCAAGAAUCCCUAUCCAGACAAUCUGACAACUGCCUGCUACUUUGUCGCUAUUGAGGUGGACGACGAAGAGGAGCUAGUCGAGUGGGAAAACGAAGCGCUUCAUUGCUUGCGACCAUGCAGUAUCAAGACUCGAUAUAAAGAAGAUGGUAUUACCUUCUAUACCGCUAUUGUUUAUCCUUUGAAGAGCCCUGCUGAGCCACAGUAUUGUGGUGAAAUCCCAGAUUCGGGAUUGUUCGUGACCGGGAUACCUCUCCAGGCUGUAAAAGUUGUGGACAAGGCGUAUUCAUCUGAUGUCAAUCAAAGAAAUACUUUCCGACAUGAAAUUGGUAUCCCCAAAAGAUUCUACCCUUCGAAUUGGAUGUCUGCCGACAGCCGACCUCUAGGCGAUUUUUCUCCAGACCCGUUGAAGCCCGGUGAAAUGGCCGAAAUUCGUUGGGCUAGUUCUGGAGACGUAGCUACAAAAUGGGCCUAUCGCCUUGGUCUCCACGAAAGUAUUCGCAAAACACUGUUGGAAUAUUGCGAUAGAAUGGGGAUUACCGACAUAUUUCGGCAUGUAACUACAAGAGACAACGCACUCCUCCCCGGUGCCGACAAAAAUUUAGAGCUGAAUGGACAUAAUUGGUUCUUACAACGGCCGGACAAGAAAUGGCGGUCAAAUCUCCAUUGGCUGAGUCCCGGUGACAACGCUGCACAUGAAGACUACUUGCAAGCCUUGAGUGUCUCAGGGUUUGACACAAUUCUCAGGGGAAUUGGAGAACAGAUGGGCAUGGACGGCCUAGUGGCAUUCCACGUUACUUUCAUUGCUGUGUCAUAUUCGACUGAAGGAUACAUGCACUACGAUGUCACCGCGACAGGGGGUAAAGCAUACAACAUCAUAAUUCCUCUUAUUUUGGCCAACGAGACGGGUCCCGAACUAGACUUACGGAGCUCAUCAAUACUAGGAGAAGAUGAGACCGAGUCUCUUGUCGGAAGAUAUCGAUACGAGUACGAGGUGGCAUCUAUGCUGGGUGACGACGCUUACCACGCUACGUCGGCGGUGGACUAUCGGGCCAGUAAGGAAAUGCGAAUGGCAGCGACCAUCUAUGUUGCGGAUGUCAACGAGGAGAAUGCUGGUGCCAUACUGAACGAGUACACACAGGCUUAUCCGCCCGAUGACCGGGAUCUUCUGAUGAGUUGGUCUGGACGACACUGGCGAAAAGACGAUACAACAGCAAAGCUACCUGCUCCUGUCAGCGGCCAUAUUCUCCUUGAGGCGAAUACGGAUAACACUAGCUAACUGGCCAAAUCGCUUCACAGUCAAGCCGCGAGCAAGCUGUUACAGAAUCCUUUGCAUCUUUACCCGAACUUAAGUACGCACUGCAGCAUUGUAAAUAUCUAUCCUUGAAAAUAUGCCGCUGUAUAUAGCUUCCUAACCCGUUUAUGGUGCACUUGCUUUUGCAAAGAACAAAGAAACCUGCAGGCAUAGCUAGGAUACAUAUGACACAAUCAAGAACGAAGUGAAAACAACAGAAGGGAGCACGUAUGAGUACUCAAUAUCUCACAGUAACCACUUGUUCUCUUUGUGCUCUUGGAAGUCCUUACCUCACUGACCGACGAAAAAAUUAUUUAUACUUUU